CAUUCGAGCACUCGGGCACUGCCCGAGGGCCCGGGCUCAGUAGGGGGCCCCAUGAAAUGCCCCUGGUACCUUUUUAUAGGCUUUUUUGGGUGUGCUUUGAGUGUGGGCAAGGACACAUGGGCCCCAUGAUCCCCUAUUGCCUGGGGGCCCCAUGAGUUGUCAGUUCGCCCCUGGGCCAGUGUUCAAUUCCAUAGCAUCCAACUGGCCUUCCUCUUUUUCUCCCCCCACUGACCAUACCAAGAAUCAGAUCGCAUCACAUGCCCAAAAUAAGUCAGCU